UCUCCCUCACACUAUUCUACUCCAUCUCAACAAAAGCCACACGCUCUCACAAACAAGAAGAAGAUUAAUCAUCUCUUUCGAUAAUGGCUUCCACUGCUCUCUCCAGCGUCACCGUAAACACACCCUUCCUCCGCCGCCAGCAGACACCAAACAGCCUCAGAUCUCUCCCGGCGGCCAACACACAAUCCCUCUUCGGCCUCAAAUCCUCCACCUCUCGCGGCGGCCGCGUCACCGCCAUGGCUACCUACAAGGUGAAGUUCAUAACACCAGAUGGAGAGAAGGAAGUGGAGUGCGACGGUGACACGUACGUCCUCGACGCGGCGGAGGAGUCCGGACUCGACUUGCCGUACUCGUGCCGUGCGGGAGCUUGCUCGAGCUGCGCCGGGAAAAUAGUCUCUGGCUCGGUUGACCAGUCGGACCAGAGCUUCUUAGACGAUGGCCAGAUCAGCGAAGGGUUUGUUCUCACGUGCAUCGCUCUCCCAACUUCUGAUGUCGUUAUUACAACCCAUCAAGAAGACGCCAUGAUUUAAUUUACUCAAAAAAAGAGAGACGGUAGCUUUUUUAAGCUUAUUCAUAAUCAGUUUUAUCGAUGUUGCCAUGUUGAUGAUGUAUGAAUAAGAUCAAUGGAUCUAGCACACAUUGUAAUUAUCCUUUUAACAAUGAUAGUCCCUUAAAUCUUUAUAAUA